AUGCCUGGUGGAUACAAAGGUGAAUGUGGGGACGAUGUGGACCCGAUGCCCUUCCUGGCACCUCCCGAAAAGGAGAGGAUAGAAGCCAUGAACAAGCCCUAUGACAUCAAGAGGUCCUGCUGGGUCAAAGACGAGAAGGAGGGCUUCAUCGCUGGGGAGAUCCAGUCUGAACAGGGUGACCAGGUCACCGUGAAGACUGUCAACAACCAGACUGUCACUGUGAAGAAGGAUGAUGUCCAGCAGAUGAACCCGCCCAAAUUCUACCAAGCCAACGACAUGGCGGACAUGACUUUCUUGAAUGAGGCCAGCGUCCUGAACAACCUGCGCCAACGCUACACCAACAUGAGGAUCUAUACCUACUCAGGCUUGUUCUGUGUGACAGUCAACCCCUACAAGUGGCUGCCCAUCUACGGGGCCCGUGUGGCCAACAUGUACAAAGGCAAAAAGCGCACAGAGAUGCCACCCCACCUCUUCUCCAUCUCUGACAAUGCGUACCAUGACAUGCUCAUGAAUCGUGAAAAUCAGUCUAUGCUAAUCACUGGAGAAUCCGGUGCUGGCAAGACUGAGAACACGAAGAAGGUCAUCCAGUACUUUGCCAAUGUCGGGGGAACUGGCAAACAGUCCUCGGAUGGAAAGGGGUCCCUGGAGGAUCAAAUCAUCCAGGCAAACCCUGUACUGGAGGCUUUUGGGAACGCCAAGACCAUCAGAAACAACAACUCUUCUCGCUUCGGCAAGUUCAUCCGAAUCCACUUCGGAACUACAGGCAAACUGGCUGGAGCGGACAUCGAGAGCUAUCUCUUAGAGAAAUCUCGUGUCAUCUCCCAGCAAGCAGCUGAGAGGGGCUACCACAUCUUCUACCAGAUUCUCUCUAACAAGAAGCCUGAACUUAUUGAGACUUUGCUGCUGGUCCCCAACCCUAAGGAGUACCACUGGGUGAGCCAGGGCGUCACAGUGGUGGAGAACAUGGACGACGGGGAAGAGCUGCAGAUCACAGACGUUGCCUUUGACGUGCUGGGCUUCAGCGCCGACGAAAAGAUUGGCAUUUAUAAGCUGACCGGGGGCAUCUUGCAUUUUGGCAACAUGAAGUUCAAGCAGAAGCCCAGAGAGGAGCAGGCUGAAGUGGACACCACGGAGGUGGCUGACAAAGUUGCCCAUCUCAUGGGUCUCAAUUCCGGGGAGCUCCAGAAGGGCAUCACCAGGCCCCGGGUCAAAGUAGGCAAUGAGUUUGUGCAGAAGGGCCAGAAUAUGGAACAGUGCCACAACUCCAUCGGGGCUCUGGGCAAGGCCGUCUAUGACAAGAUGUUCAAGUGGCUGGUGGUCAGGAUCAACAAGACCUUGGACACCAAGAUGCAGAGGCAAUUCUUCAUCGGCGUGCUGGACAUCGCUGGCUUCGAGAUCUUUGAGGUGUGCCUGCCCUGGCAUUCUGUUUCUGCUUUGGGCAUCAACCUCACCAACGAGAAGCUGCAACAGUUUUUCAACCACCACAUGUUCGUGCUGGAGCAGGAGAGUACAAGAGGAGGCAUCGAGUGGGUCUUCAUCGACUUUGGGCCUGACCUGCAGGCCUGCAUUGACCUCCUGGCAGGCACCAGCAACACCACCAAGGACCUUGUUGGUCUGACCUCUGUGUUCCUCCUCUGCAAAGGGCCCAUGGGCAUCUUCUCCAUCUUGAGGAACAGUGUCUUCCCUGUUGGCCACCGACGCCAAGUGGCGGCCCUGUAUGACAAACUGACUCCGGGAAAGUCCAGCAACUUCCUCAAGCCCAAGGGAGGCAAAGGCAAGGGGCCCGAGGCCUCGAAGCCUGGCCCACUCAUGCAGGCACCCUGGGAAGCAAGAAGCAGAAGAGGGGUCUUCCUCAUGACCGCCUCCAACCCCAAAGUACAGGGUACUAAGCUGCUCUGUGCCUUUGCAGGGGAUGGUCACCGAGAAGGGCUUCUUGCAGGGCUGAUGCAGCACCGUCCCAGGCCCAUGGGCAUCUUCUCCAUCUUGGAGGAACAGUGUGUCUUCCCCAAGGCCACCGACGCCACCUUCAAGGCGGCCCUGUAUGACAACCACCUGGGAAAGUCCAGCAACUUCCUCAAGCCCAAGGGAGGCAAAGGCAAGGGGCCCGAGGCCCACUUCGAGCUCGUCCACUAUGCAGGCACCGUGGGUUACAACAUCACAGGAUGGCUGGAGAAGAACAAAGACCCCCUGAAUGAAACAGUGGUGGGCUUGUUCCAGAAAUCAUCCUUGGUGCUACUGGCCCUUCUCUUCAAAGAAGAGGAGGCUCCAGCUGGAAGCAAGAAGCAGAAGAGGGGGUCUUCCUUCAUGACCGUCUCCAACUUCUACAGGGAGCAGUUGAAUAAGCUGAUGGCCACCCUCCACAGCACGGCUCCCCAUUUUGUCCGCUGCAUUGUCCCCAACGAGUUCAAGCAAUCAGGCGUGGUGGACGCCCACCUGAUCAUGCACCAGCUGGCUUGCAACGGAGUCCUGGAAGGCAUCCGUAUUUGCAGGAAGGGCUUCCCAAACAGGAUGCUGUACCCAGAGUUCAAACAGAGGUACCAAGUGCUGAACCCCAAUGUGAUUCCUCAGGGGUUUGUAGACAACAAGAAGGCCUCAGAGCUGCUGCUCGGGUCCAUUGACCUGGAUGUGAAUGAAUACAAAAUUGGGCAUACCAAGGUAUUCUUCCGAGCGGGCAUCCUGGCUAAGCUUGAGGACAUGCGGGACGAGCGUCUGGCCAAGAUCAUGACAAUGCUGCAGUGUCGCCUGCGGGGCUUCCUCAUGAGGAUCGAGUUCAAGAAGAUGCUGGAGCGAAGGGUGUCGCCCGCCACUCAGGUCAAGCCGCUCCUGAAUGUGGCUCGGCAAGAGGAGGAGAUGAAGGCCAAGGAGGAGGAGCUGAGGAACGCCAUGUGCAAGACACAGGAGCUGAUAAGCAGGGUAAAGGAGCUGGAGGAGAAGAUGGCCACGCUCAGCCAGGAGAAGAAUGACCUCACCAUCCAGCUACAGGCCGAGCAAGAGAACCUGAUAGAUGCCGAGGAGCGCCUGACCCAGAUGAUGAAGACGAAAAUGGAGCUGGAGAGCCAGAUCUCGGACAUGCGGGAGCGGCUGGAGGAGGAGGAGGGCACGGCGGCCUCCCUGAGCGCCACCAAGCGCAAGCUGGAGGGCGAGAUGAGUGACCUGAAGCGGGACCUGGAGGGUCUGGAGACCACACUGGCCAAGAUGGAGAAGGAGAAGCAGGCCCUGGAUCACAAGGUCCGCACCCUAACCGGGGACCUCUCGCUCCGUGAAGACUCCAUCGCCAAGCUCCAGAAGGAGAAGAGGGCCCUGGAGGAGCUGCACCAGAAAACCCUAGACGACCUGCAAGCUGAGGAGGACAAGGUGAACCACCUGACCAAGACCAACAGCAAGCUCAGCACCCAGAUCCAUGAGCUGGAGGAUAACUGGGAACAAGAAAAGAAAAUCCGGGCGGAGGUGGAGAAGGCCCGUCGGAAGGCUGAGAGUGACCUGAAGAUAACCAUUGACAACCUCAACGAGAUGGAGCGGUCCAAGCUGGACCUCGAGGAAGUGGUGAAAAAGAGGGAUAUGGAAAUCAAUUCUGUCAACUCCAAGUACGAGGAUGAGCAGUCUCUGAAUUCCACACUCCAGCGGAAACUGAAGGAGCAUCAGGCCCGAAUUGAGGAGCUGGAGGAAGAACUGGAAGCUGAGAGGGCAAUGAGAGCCAAGGUGGAGAAACAACGCAGCGACCUGUCCCGGGAUCUUGAAGACCUCAGUGACAGGCUGGAAGAGGCUGGGGGAGCCACGUCUGCUCAGAUUGAGCAGAACCGCAAGCGGGAGGCAGAGCUGCUAAAGCUGAGGCGGGAGCUGGAGGAGGCGGCCCUGCAGAGUGAGGCAGCGGCCUCCACACUGCGCAAGAAGCACACGGACUCCAUGGCUGAGCUGACGGAGCACGUGGAGAACCUGCAGAGGGUCAAGGCCAAGCUGGAGAAGGACAAGCAAGUCAUGAAGGCUGAGAUCGACGACCUCAACGCCAGCAUGGAGACGGUGCAGAAGUCCAAGAUGAAUGCCGAGGCCCACAUCCGAAAGCUGGAAGACAGUUUAGCAGAAGCCAACGCCAAGGUGGCUGAGCUGGAGCGAAACCAGGCAGAAAUCAAUGCCAUCAGGACCCGCCUGCAAGCUGAAAAUGGUGAACUGAGCCGGGAGUAUGAAGAAUCACAGAGCCGGCUCAAUCAAAUCCUGCGGAUAAAGACAUCACUGACGUCGCAGGUGGACGAUUACAAGAGGCAGCUGGAUGAAGAAUCCAAGUCUCGCAGCACGGCCAUGGUGAGUCUUGCCAACACGAAGCAUGACCUGGACCUGGUGAAGGAGCAGCUGGAGGAGGAGCAGGGAGGCAAGUCAGAGCUGCAGCGCCUCGUGUCCAAGCUCAACACUGAGGUGACCACCUGGAGGACCAAGUAUGAGACGGAUGCCAUCCAGAGGACCGAGGAGCUGGAGGAGACCAAGAGGAAACUGGCCGCCAGACUCCAGGAAGCAGAAGAGACAGCCGAAGCCGCCCAGGCCAGGGCUGCCUCCCUUGAGAAAAAUAAACAGCGACUCCAGGCAGAAAUCGAGGACCUCACCAUCGACUUGGAGAAGGCCAAUGCUGCGGCUGCUGCCCUGGACAAGAAGCAGCGGGUCUUUGACAAGAUGCUGGCCGAGUGGCAGCAGAAGUGCGAAGAGCUGCAGGUGGAAGUAGACAGUGCUCAGAAGGAGUGCCGCAUGUACAUGACCGAGAGCUUCAAGAUCAAGACCGCCUAUGAGGAGUCCCUGGAGCACCUUGAGUCGGUGAAGAAGGAGAACAAGACUCUGCAGGAGGAGAUAAAGGAACUGAUUGAUCAGCUGGGUGAGGGAGGACGGAGUGUGCAUGAGCUGCAGAAGUUGAAGAAAAAAUUGGAGAUUGAGAAAGAAGAACUCCAGGUGGCCCUGGAGGAAGCGGAAUCUUCCCUGGAGGUUGAAGAGAGCAAGGUGAUUCGAAUUCAGCUGGAACUGGCUCAGGUUAAAGCUGACAUCGACCGGAGAAUCCACGAGAAAGAAGAGGAAUUUGAAGCUACAAGGAAGAACCACCAGCGGGCAAUCGAGUCCUUGCAGGCCAGCCUGGAGGCAGAGGCCAAGGGCCGGGCAGAGGCACUUCGGCUCAAGAAGAAGAUGGAGACGGACCUGAAUGAGAUGGAAAUCCAGCUGGACCAUGCCAACAAGAACAACAGCGAACUUGUAAAGACCCUGAAAAGGCUGCAACAGCAAAUCAAGGACCUGCAGAUGCAGAUGGACGAGGAUGCCCGACAGCACGAGGAGCUGCGGGAGCAGUACAACCUGCAGGAGCGGCGCCUGAGCCUGCUGCAGACGGAGCUGGAGGAGGUGCGCGCGGGCCUGGAGGGCAGCGAGCGCUCCCGCAAGCUGCUGGAGCAGGAGGUGGUAGAGAUCACUGAGCGGCACAACGAGGUCAACAUCCAGAACCAAAGCCUCCUCGUGGUCAAGCGCAAGCUGGAGUCGGAUGUCCAGCGCAUCUCCAACGAGCACGAGGAGCUCAUCAGUGAGUUCCGCUCUGCCGACGAGAGGGCCAAGAAAGCCAUGACUGAUGCCGCCCGCAUGGCGGAGGAGCUCCGGCAAGAGCAGGACCACUGCAUGCACCUGGAGAAAAUCAAGAAGAACUACGAGAUCACCAUCAAAGACUUGCAGGCCAAGAUGGAGGAGGCUGAGCAGUUGGCUCUGAAGGGAGGGAAGCGCACGAUCAUGAAACUGGAAGCCAGGAUCAAGGAACUAGAGACAGAGCUGGACGGUGAGCAGAAACAGCAUGUGGAAACAGUGAAGACGCUGCGGAAGAAUGAGCGCCGCCUCAAAGAGCUGGUCUUCCAGACGGAGGAGGACCACAAGACCAACCAGCGCAUGCAGGAGCUGGUGGAGAAGCUGCAGAACAAGCUGAAGAUCUACAAGCGGCAGAUUGAAGAGGCGGAGGAGCAGGCCAACCAGACCUUGGCUCGCUACAGAAAGACGGUGCAUGAGCUGGACGACGCUGAGGAGCGGGCUGGCAUGGCAGAGACCGCCCUGAACAAGCUGCGCACCAGACACCGCGUGGCCGGCAAGGGCAUCACCUCCGUGGAGAUCAUCCAGGUGUCCAAGACAGGCUCCUCCAAAACCCUUUCUGAGGAGUGA